GGCCGCGCCGCGGCGGGCGGGCGGACGGGCGGGGGGCGCUUCCUGGGGCCGCGCGUCCAGGGAGCUGCGCCGUCCGCCCGUCCGUCUGUCCGCAGGCACUGCCCGAACCACCGAGCCGCCGGAGACGCGGGCCGCGGGGGCGUCGCGGGCUCAACCCCAGGAUGCUCCCCUUCGCCUCCUGCCUCCCCGGGUCUCUACUGCUCUGGGCGCUGUUGCUGCUGCUUUUGGGGGCAGCGUCUCCCCAGGAUUCGGAGGAGCCGGACAGCUACACGGAAUGCACAGAUGGCUAUGAGUGGGACCCCGACAGCCAGCACUGCCGGGAUGUCAACGAGUGCCUGACCAUCCCUGAGGCCUGCAAGGGGGAGAUGAAAUGCAUCAACCACUAUGGGGGCUACUUGUGCCUGCCCCGCUCAGCUGCCGUCAUCAAUGACCUGCAUGGCGAGGGACCGCCACCACCAGUGCCUCCCGCUGAACACCCCAACCCCUGCAUACCAGGCUACGAACCUGACGAGCAAGAGCGCUGUGUGGACGUGGACGAGUGUGCCCAGGCCUUGCACGACUGCCGCCCCAGCCAGGAUUGCCAUAACCUGCCCGGCUCCUACCAGUGCACCUGCCCUGAUGGCUACCGCAAGAUUGGGCCUGAAUGUGUCGAUAUAGACGAGUGCCGCUACCGCUACUGCCAGCACCGCUGCGUCAACCUGCCCGGCUCCUUUCGCUGCCAGUGCGAGCCAGGCUUCCAGCUGGGGCCCAACAACCGCUCCUGUGUAGAUGUGAAUGAGUGUGACAUGGGGGCUCCAUGUGAGCAACGCUGCUUCAAUUCCUAUGGGACCUUCCUGUGUCGCUGCAACCAGGGCUAUGAGCUACAUCGGGACGGCUUCUCCUGCAAUGAUAUCGAUGAGUGCAGCUACUCCAGUUACCUCUGCCAGUACCGCUGUGUCAAUGAACCUGGCCGCUUCUCCUGCCACUGCCCGCAGGGCUAUCAGCUGCUGGCCACGCGCCUCUGCCAAGACAUUGAUGAGUGUGAGUCGGGCGCACACCAGUGCUCUGAGGCCCAAACCUGUGUCAACUUCCACGGGGGCUACCGCUGCGUGGACACCAACCGCUGCGUGGAGCCCUAUGUCCAGGUGUCUGACAAUCGCUGCCUCUGUCCGGCCUCCAACCCUCUGUGCCGUGAGCAGCCCUCCUCCAUCGUGCAUCGCUACAUGAGCAUCACCUCAGAGCGCAGUGUGCCCGCGGAUGUGUUCCAGAUCCAAGCGACCUCUGUCUACCCUGGCGCCUACAAUGCCUUUCAGAUCCGUGCAGGAAACUCGCAGGGGGACUUCUACAUUAGGCAAAUCAACAAUGUCAGCGCCAUGCUGGUCCUCGCCCGGCCCGUGACGGGCCCCCGGGAGUACGUGCUGGACCUCGAGAUGGUCACCAUGAACUCCCUCAUGAGCUACCGGGCCAGCUCUGUACUGAGACUCACCGUCUUCGUGGGGGCCUACACUUUCUGAGGAGUGGGUGGGGGGACCCUCAGGGAGGGAGAGGCUUCCCGCAGCCAGAGAGCCUGGGGCUCAGGGAUGUCUGUGCUCGCUGCAAGGGCAGAUGCUGUUGUGAAGAGUAGAAAGAGAAAGGCAAUAAAGGGAGAAAGAAGGAG